GUCGCCCCUGUCUGUGGCAGUCCUCACGAGCAAUCCCUCUCCCAGCCUCUCUCCCCCUUGCCUACUGCACCACCUCAACCUCCACGGCGGCGUCUGCCACGUCCUCUACCCCAAACCCAGACCUCACUCUGUUGCCUCCACCGGCGUCUUGAGCUAUUCGUCACAGCCUCCUUAUUUGCAACUGCAUACGAGCUUCCGGCUUCCUGCUUCCUCGGCACUGAGAACCCCUUCCCAAUUUUCUGCUCCUUCGAUGCUGAGGACGUGUUUCCGGCCAGAUCCACACUUCUUUGCAGUUAUGGACGAGAUUGUACCUGCACCGGUUAGAGUUGGAGAAGACCAACCCCCGCCGUCUUGGGACCCGGUACCAUCCCCGAGAGGUACUUCUUGGGACCCGGUACCCCCAUUUUUUUUGCAAUGAGUAUGGGGUUAAUGGAGCGCAUUAGGAAGAGAAGACAGGAGGAUGAUGAUGAUAUGAUGAUGUUCUUCCUUCCCGCAUUACAUUUGUUGCGUUCUAGUUCUCUUAAAGGGAGGAGGGUUAAGAAGCGACGACACACAUCCAAGCUAAGUGGCGAGGAGCAUGUUUUAGAGUUGCUUGAAGGGCAUGUCAAGAACUGCCGAGUAGCAUUCAGAAUGGAACCUGAAAUUUUUAGAGCCCUAGCCAGCUAUCUUAGGAAGGAAAGGUUGGUACGUGACACAAGGAUAAAAGUUGAGGAGAAGCUCGGCUUCUUUCUAUACAUGAUAAGCCAUAACGCUUCAUUUGAAGAUCUGCAAGAAGAGUUCGGGCAUAGUAGUGACACAUUCCACCAUCAUAUAAAACAUUUUUUUGACAUAGUUGUCCCUUCCCUCGCCAAACGAUUUUUGAAGCCUCCUUCUCCAAUGCAAGUACAUUCGAAAAUUGAAAGGAAUCCUAGGUUCUAUCCUUACUUCAAGAACUGCAUCGGUGCAAUUGAUGGCACUCAUGUGCCCAUUACAAUUUCACCUGACAAAGCUGCUCCUUUUAGAAACAGGAAGGGGACUCUCAGCCAAAACGUGAUGGUAGCUUGUGAUUUCGACCUAAAUAUCACUUUCAUGUCUACUGGAUGGGAGGGAUCCGCUACAGAUGCUAGAGUUCUUCGAUCUGCAAUGAACAAUGGAUUCCAUGUACCUCCAGGAAAGUUCUAUUUGGUUGAUGGUGGGUAUGCUAACACCACGUCAUUCCUUGCACCUUAUCGUGGAGUUAGAUACCAUCUAAAGGAAUAUGGGCAAGGUCACCGUAGACCUCAGAACUACAAGGAGUUAUUUAACCAUCGCCAUGCCAUACUGAGGAAUCAUGUUGAAAGGACUUUGGGGGUUGUGAAGAAGCGCUUUCCCAUCCUAAAAGCUGCCACAUUUCACAAAAUAAGGAAUCAAGUGAAGAUACCAGUAGCAGCUGUUGUACUUCACAAUAUUAUUCGGUCACUCAAAGGGGAUGAGGAAUGGUUAGAUAAUCAACCAGAUAAUAUUUCGCCACAAAACUUUGUUGAUCUACCGGAUGGCGAUCAAGGCAACGAUCAAGUAAAUGUCCAAGGAAAUAGACCAUAUGUUGCUCUGUUCUACAUUUUAUUUACUGUCACAUUGUUACCUCUCUUAAUAUUUGGUUUAAUCCAUUUCUCAUUGUUUAGUAUCCUGAAACAUAAUAUCAUCUAACUGUUUUCAUAAUAGAAAUUUUCUUUGUUCCUUUAGUUCCAAUUUCAGAAUAGAAAUUUCAGCUAACUGUUUUCAGCAUAGAAAUUUGGUUUAAUACUGUGUUAUAUAAUAUUAGUUAACAUGUUUGGAAGGGGUUCUCCAAGAAUCAACAUGCUCUUAUCAAAAAGUGCAACAAAGAAGCCUUCUCCUAAAGCUGGUGAUCCAAAAAAGCAUGGAGGUUCUCCAAAAGAGAAAUUAAGAGCCGCUUGGAACUCAACUCUAGAGAAAACUCUUGUGGACCUCUUGCAUGAGCACAAAACAGCUGAUUAUAGGGGUCAAAAUGGAUGGACAACAGAAGCAUGGAACAAAAUUGUCAAGGAAUUUCAUCAGAGGGAACAAUAUGUCUAUUUCACAAAGACACAAAUACAAGAUAAGGAAAGAGAGCUGAAAAGGGACUACAGGUUGCUAAAGGAUGCAAAGAAUCAAAGUGGAGCUCAUUUUGAUGAGAAGAUAGGGAGGAUUACGGCUGACCCAGCUUUAUGGAAAAAUAUACUAACUUCUCAUCCUAAGGCUAAAAAGUUCCGCAACAAGUCUUUUCCUCUAUAUGAGGCCUUGGGGGAGCUUUAUGAUGGGCAAACAGCUGAAGGGACCUACAACUACACCUCCACCCAACUUCCAGAUCUUACUCAAGUAGGAAAUGGAGAUGAAUUUCUCAACAUAGAACAUGAACAAGAUGAAUUGGAAGAAAUCUUGCCUGCACAUGAAGAAGAUGAUGUCAAUGUAGUUAAGGCAGGAGAUGCAACCGGUGAAAGGCAUGAUCCGACGCCACAGAGAAGGACUACUGCUGCAAGAGGGAACAAUGAGGAAACGAGGACAAAGAGGCAUAAAAAGGGCGAUAACCUAGAAGGAAUAAUGGGAAGAUACAUUGACAUGAGAAUGAAGCAAGCUGAGGAAGAAGCCACACAUCUAGCAAAAGAGAGGGAGGAAAAGGAAGUGAGUCAAGCUGCAGACUUCUCAAUCAAGAAGUGCAUAUCCAUUCUUGGUACAAUGGAAGUUACAAAGGAGGAAAAAGCAAAAGCCUACAAUGCCUUCAAAGACCUUGACAAUAGGCAAAUUUUCUUGAGUGCCUACGAUGAUGAUGCUGAGUCUGCACUGAUUUGGUUGAGAAACGAGAUGGCUUAGCUGAAAUUACAACAAGGACUGCAGAGAAAUCCAGAAUCGCUUCCUUUUGAUGAGAUACUCUACUGUAACAUUGGAAAUCUCCAUUCCAUUGGCCAACAGCCAGUUACCUAUUUCAGAACUAGAUCAUUGGAUAACUGCAUUUUGUUCAUGCUUUAAACUGCUUUAAACUGAAAUACGUUACAGCUAGAACUAGAUCAGCUGUACAUGCUUCUGCAUUGAACUACAUUUUGUUGAACGUGGACUGCAUUUUGCAAAAAACAUGAACUUUACUAUACUAGAGUGAAGCGAA